GUGGUUGGCUCGUGCCGGAAGGCGCAUAUCGCGGGCUAGAUUACAGCCCCUCGCCAUCGCACGGCCGCAAAACUUUGUAGAAGUGGGGUCCAGGUCCCUACCAUCGGCGCUUAGGACCGGCGCUGUUCAGCGGUACUCCACUAUGGACGUUCUCCCCGGAGGCUCAACCGCACCUCCCGACGACGACGACGAGGCGCGCUACGAGGCGGCCCUGGAAUUGAAUGCGAGACUGCGGGCCCAAGCGGCCCAGAUCCCCGACGACGGGGCGGGCUACGGCCCGUCCGACGGCGAGGGCGACGACGACGAGGCCCGCUACGCGGCCGCGAUGGAGCUCAACGCGCGCCUGCGGGCGACGGCCGCCCAGCUCCCGGGCUACGGCCCCGCCGACGGUUUACAGAAGGCGCCCGCCGAGGACGGGCCCCCGACCGCCGAGGAUUUGGACGAGAUCGACCAAUUGCAGCAAGCCUUGGCGCUGAACGCGCGCCUGAAGCGGCGCCAGGAGGAGGCCGAGGCGCUGGCCCGCGAGCGCGCCAUCGCCGAGGCGGAAGCGCAACGCUUCCGCGAGGAGUCGCUCAUGGACUUCCAGGGCCCACGAAAAGCGAUCCCGCGGAAGCGGCGCGGCUCGGCGUCGCGGCGGUUGGGCAACCGCGACCCCGAGAAGGCGCGCAUCGAGCGCGACAACGCCAUGCUCGUGCGCCACAUGACGGACAUCCAGACGUCGCGGCGGCCGGCGCCGCGGCCCUUCCUCGGCGGCCACAAGGCCGCGUCCGCGAUUCGAAGGAAGGAGACGUCGCGCAAGAUUUUGAGGGAGAACCACAAGAUCGCCGCGAAGCUGGAGAAAAUUUCUGAUGGUGUUGCUAGGCGUUCCUCCGGCUACAACCGCACGAAGCCGCUCCACGAGGGCCCGCUCCAGAAGCGGAACCGGGAAAUGGCGCUCGCGCGGCGCGCGCGGCCCGUGCUCCAGCAGCCGGACAUGACGUUCUAGACACCUCGCUUCGUUACCACUAAGACCAUUGCCGAUG